AUGGGUGCGGUGCCUAGUGCAGAGAUGGAACGACAGCGUCGAGAGGCCGAGUAUGAUAAGCAAGAGAUGGCUCAACAGAUGCAGAUGAUGGAAAUGGAGAACACGAAAUUGAGAUCGGAGUAUCUCUAUUCCAAGUCCAUACUCUCCAGUUCCUCUUCCUCUUCAUCGCCAUCCUCCACCUCCAGCUCCAAGAAGGUCGCCGAUUACAUCGUGAAGUUGUUCGCGAUUGACCCCGAUGGGCAAAAACGGGAGGUGUUAGGGCUGGCAGGGCACACCCUUCUGCGAGCUCUGUCCAACCACGGCCUCAUUGACCCUACUUCACACCGCCUGGAGGACAUUGAUGCCUGCUCCGCCGAGUGUGAGGUCAACAUUGCCCAGGAGUGGCUCGAAAAGCUCCCUCCUCCCUCCUACGACGAGCAGUACGUGCUCAAGAGGAAUUCCAGGUCUAGGGUUCUCAACAAGCAUUCCAGGCUCCUUUUCCUGUGA